AUGCCAGCACAGGUCACCAACACAGUGAAGAUGUUCGCAGACGAUACCAAGCUGUACUGCAAGAUGACUGCCAACCACGAUGGCCUGCAGGACGACAUCGACGCUCUGGUCCGCUGGUCGGAGACAUGGCUGCUCCCCUUCAAUGGUGCGAAGUGCAAGACCAUGCACCUAGGCUUCCACAACCCAGACCGCACGUACCACUUGAAUGGAACUGCUGUCGCCGCCUGCGAGGAGGAACGAGACCUAGGUAUUAUCAUCGACAGGCAGCUAAGAUUCCACAAGCAGACAGCCGCUGCCGUCGCCAAGGCUUCACAGAUACUCGCAGUGAUCCGUCGGUCGUUUGCGAACCUGGAUGAGUUCACUUUGCCUCUUCUUUUCAAGGCCUUAGUCCGACCCUUCCUCGAGUUUGGGAACGCCAUCUGGGGUCCAUUCUCCAAAGAAGACCAGAAGAGACUGGAGAGAGUGCAGCGACGCGCGACCCGCCUGAUCACGGACCUCAGAGACCUGCCGUACCCUGACAGGCUUCGCCGCCUCGGCCUCCCAUCGCUGCACUACCGCCGUCGCCGUGGAGAUAUGGUGACCGUGUACCAGCUCUUCCACGGACUUCUGGAUGUGCCGCUUGAGUCACUGCUGACGAGACACGAAGCGCAAAACACGCGAGGCCACCAGUGGAAGCUGAGGAAACCAAACGCCAAACAUCUUUCUCGCAGGAACGCGUUCAGCGUCAGAAUCAUCAACGAUUGGAACGCCCUGCCAACAGACGUCGUCGCUGCUGAGUCGCUGUCGUCUUUCAAGGCGCGGCUGGACCGGCACUGGUCGAGCGUGAUGUUCGACAUCCCUACCCUGUACUAA